AGCUUUUUUAAGGAAGUCGGCGGACCCAAUGGUACCGGAAAAUAGAAUAAAAUAAAACAAAUAAAUGUGGCACUCCCAGUUGAGCCGCCUUCACAUAGACCCGCAGAUAAUACAGAUAGAUCGCCCCGAGCACAGACGCGAACCGAACACAUGGAUUAAACAUACAUCAAUCUGUGUCUUCAUUGCCGUACAUGACAGCCGGAGAAUCGGGGGACGCAGGGGACAUUAGCGACAGGAGCGAGGCAAAUUCGGUGUCUGAACCGUCAUGGAUUGAGAGGAAAUGCGUGUCAGCGAAUGACAGAAUCGGAGACCUUGUACUCCUCUCAUGUGAUAAGUACUCACAGUGAAUACCAGCCAGCGAGCCAAAUCGAAGCUGCCCAACAUGUAAAGCAAUUCAGAGGUUCGAAUUAGCUCGGUUGUGAUAU